AUGGCUAAUUUUGCUGUUUUUCAUCCUUUAAUUAUUUCAAAGAUUAUACAAGCGUUAGAAACAAUUCAUAAUCCAAAUGUAUCUAAUGAAAUAAGAAUUGAAGCACAAAAGUUUUGCAAUUUUGUAAAAGAUGAUUUUAUGGCGCCAUCAUAUGGACAAAUAUUAGCUGGAAAAAAUAAUCAACAACCAGAUUUUGUUAGAUAUUUUGGUUUACAAUUAAUUGAAAAUAGCAUAAAAUUUAAAUGGAACGAUGAGACUUAUAAUGAUAAAGAACGAGAAAAAAUUAAAAAAGGAGUCAUAGAAUUAGUCAAUGAGGGAAUUGAUAAUAUAUUUGUUGAAAAAUUGUUUAUUAAAGAAAAAAUAGCGAAUUUAUUUGCAAAUAUUAUAAAGAUUGAAUUAACUGAUAAUUUAUUUGAGAUGGAUAAUCUUGCACAAUCUUAUUAUUUUUCAGAA